AUGCAAUAAGAAGAAUAAAAAAAAGUGGUUACUUAUACUGCUUUAUAAAAUUAACAACAUAAAAAAAUAUAUAGUUUGGAAACAAGCACAAGUCUUAAAAUAUUAAGAAGUAUUUAAAAAAGGAGUACUUUUGCAAAUGUUUGUGAAGAUAAUUUAUCAAACUUAAAUAAAGUAAUUGAUAGAAAAUAAAUGGAUAUUUAUGUAAAAGAGAAACCAAAUAAUUCAAGAACUGGAUAAAAUUUCCUUUAAUUGAUGUAAAAUAUUUAAAAAAGUAUAUAGGAUAUCUCAUCUUCAAAAUAGAAUAUAGGUGUUAUAGGAACCUCUUUAAGAUGAUUCAAGUGAAGAUUGGUAACCUGAUGAAUAGAAUGAAGAUGAUAAUUCUUAGUGA